CCCCCCCCCCCCCCGGAGGGAGCUGUCCGGUGCUGAAGUUGCAUUUCUCACCCACUCUGCACGAGGACUAAAGCACGGGGACGGUCAGACAGACAAACUAAAGACAUACUAACUAAGCGCUGGUUGGACAGUUUUAACGGAGCAACUCGCUCUCUUCCGAAACAGUCUUCCUCUGGUGUGUAUCGGGCGAGUCAGCACGCUGGCCAGGUCGUCGGAAAACGGCUGUGUUUGUGCGUGUGUUGUUGUGUUUGUGAGUGUGUGUGUGUCGGUGUCGCAGCACCAUGCCAAGGUCUUUCCUGGUGAAAAAGGUGAAACUUGAUGAUUUCACGCAUGAUUUGGGGAAUGUCUACCGGCACCGGACAGACCUCAGCCUGCGGCUCCAUGACAAAGCUGGUUACAUCAGUGACUACAUCAGCCCCGUCGUGUACGAUGGUGAGAGUGACGGUGGGCUCAAGGUGCCCUCCCCCGAGCCCCCCUACGAUGGGGUCCACAGUGAAUACGGGGCCCCUGACUCCGAGUCCCCUGACAGUCCUAGCUCAGAAAUCACUGACGGCUACAUCAACGGGGACGCUGCGGUGAGCGACGGUUACUCAGUCGACGCCUUCUUCAUCAGCGAUGGCCGCUCGAGGAGGAAAGCCAUCAGCAGCCCCCGGACCAUCCAGAGGCACAGCUGCAACGAGUGCGGCAAAACCUACGCCACGUCUUCCAACCUGAGCCGGCACAAACAGACACACCGCUCGCUGGACAGCAAGAUGGCGAAGAAAUGUCCGACCUGCGCGAAGGUGUACGUGUCCAUGCCCGCCAUGGCCAUGCACCUGCUCACUCACGAUCUCAAACACAAGUGUGACGUGUGUGCGAAAGCCUUCAGUCGGCCGUGGCUUUUACAGGGCCACAUGCGCUCUCACACGGGCGAGAAGCCGUUCGGAUGCGCCCACUGCGGCAAGGCCUUCGCCGACCGCUCCAACCUGCGCGCUCACAUGCAGACCCACUCGGCCUUCAAGCACUUCAAGUGUAAACGCUGCGACAAGACCUUUGCGCUCAAGAGUUACCUGAACAAGCACUACGAGUCCGCUUGCUUCAAAGGCCCCUACUCUCCUCUCGGGCCCCUCGAUGCAUGACCCCCUGCAUAGAUAAAACACAAACUGCAGACAUAGAUUACCAUUAUCCUUACAGACUGAACUGCAGACACAAACAAUCUAUUUUUGGUCAGAAUAUGACCUUGCUUCCCUCCUCCUCCUCUCUAACGGAGCCUAUUCAUGAUGAUAGCACAAUUUUUCUCCUUGAGAUUUGUCCACUUAAGGAUUUAACUGAUCGACGCAUGCACUUCCUCAAAAACUCUUCACCUCCUCUUCCUCUGUCCGUUCUGGAUGGAGACAAUAAUACUAACACGGCUUCCUUCUGGCAUCUAGAUACAUAGACUUUGGGACACUGAUGAGGACGACAGACAAUAAUAAGCCUAUAUCUCCAUGGUUACCUGCACUGAGACGCAGUGAAAGAGGUUUUCUCCUUCCCAUUUUGUUUAUUGGGGAAUAAUAGUAAUAAUAAUAGUAAUAAUAAUGAUAAUACUAAUGUUCUGCUGCACCAAGUGACCAUAUUCUCUCCACUACUGAGGUAAAAACUAUUUAUUUAUUUACUUAUUUAUUUGAACAUGAUUUUGUAUUUGUUAUAUCUUUAUACUUGAUUGAGUCACAUUGAAGUGAUAGCGUUAACUUAUUUGUUGCACUUUAAUUUCUGUAUAUGUAUGUAGGAUAUUUGCCAACCUCUUUUAUCACUACAGGCCAAAGCAUAUGUCACUUUUUUAAGUAUUAUUUUUUCUUAUUAUGUUGUUUACCUUUUUUUUCUUUUCGUAUUAACGUUAUUGCAUGCAAAAAAAUUAUGAAAUCUAUGCCAACGUCAUAAAAAGCUUAUGAUUUCUUUGCCAAAUUCCUAUAAAUAGAACGUGAGGGCAAUAUUUUUUCUCUUGGAGCCUCCGUAGGACUCUUUAAAAGCAAUAAUCACCUAAUGCAUGGUAUUUUAUGAUGAAGUUAUGAAGUAUUACCUACUACUGUAUAGCAGUUUAAAAAUCAGGUAUGUCUUACUUCACCUAUAGUCAUAAACAGAAAAAAACUAAUAUUACAGACAUCAGGGAACAUGCCAAUGUAGUGUUAGAGUAACAAAAAGAAAAGUCCUGUCUUUCCUCUCUUGUUAUGCACUGCCUGCCUCUUAGUGAGUAGAACUAAAGUAGGAUGUAGGCUAGAGAGGCCGGGGUCAGCUGCCUGCUGGGUGUGGGCCUAUUGUGGGAUAACUAAAACCUUGUCAGAACUAUGCUAAGCUAACUCUAACCCUGUCAGACCUGUGCUAGGCUAACUCUAACCUGUCAGAACUAUGCUAAGCUAACUCUAACCCUAUCAGACCUGUGCUAGGCUAACUAACCAGUCAGAACUGUGCUAGGCUAACGCUAACCUGUCAGACCUGUCACCUGUGCUAGGCUAACUCUAACCUGUCAGACCUGUGCUAGGCUAACUCUAACCUGUCAGACCUGUGCUAGGUUCAAUCUAACCCUGUCAGACCUGUGCUAAGCUAACUCUAACCCUGUCAGACCUGUGCUAGGCUAACUCUAACCUGUCAGAACUAUGCUAAGCUAACUCUAACCCUAUCAGACCUGUGCUAGGCUAACUCUAACCUGUCAGAACUAUGCUAAGCGAACUCUAACCCUGUCAGACCUGUGCUAAGCUAACUCUAACCAGUCAGAACUGUGCUAGGCUAACUCUAACCUGUCAGACCUGUGCUAGGCUAACUCUAACCUGUCAGACCUGUGCUAGGUUCAAUCUAACCCUGUCAGACCUGUGCAAGACUAACUCUAACCUGUCAGACCUGUGCUAGGCUAACGCUAACCCUGUUAGAACUUUGCUAGGCUAACUCUAACCCGUCAGACCUAUGCUAAGCUAACUCUAGCAUCACAUAAGGCUGCUAACAGUAUCUUGGAUUAAGCUUGACAACAGUUUAGUCGGACUGGAUCAUUGGACAUUCAACAGAUUAUUAAAAAGGUACGCAGAUGUUAAAACGGCACAAAACAAAUGUUCUGUGUCAUGCAGCCAAAUAAUAAUGGGCUUUAACAGAUCUUUUAAUAUCACAAUGGUUACCAAAAUGAUAGCAGGUAUAGUGUUCGUACUGUAGCAUUCCUUCAAUAGAGAUCCGAGUUUGGUGCAUUGUUGAAGUUGGACCGAGGUCAACUUGAAAUGCAAUGCAUUAUUCAACUAGCCUUCCAGUGCACUUCCAAACCAUAAAGCGUGCAUUCUUCAACCGCAGAGAAAGCAUGCACUUUAGCUGGAAGGCUCAACCGUUACAGUCCGACAGAUACAUUUGGCAAAGAUUAUUCUGCAGUAGGCCCCAUUUAACCCUACUGGGCCGACCAUGGGCUAACUCUAUGAGCGAUAUACCUACAGACAGGCUAACUCUAAUCCACCCCAACCCAUAGAUGGUUUAACCUUUUAUUUAGGCGGCCAAUACCAGUGUUGCUGAACCCAGUUCUCUGCAGCUCAGAAACCUUUUCUACAGAUCCCUGGAGUUUCCUGAGAGACAGACUGAGGACACAGAUCUGCACAAAACAUCAAGUGCUUGUUUUAAAUGCCAUAUUUAUCAUUGUAACUUUGCAUGCCCACACAUGAGAGCACACUGUGCCUGCUGUUGAGCUUUGAUGAGAGACACACGGGGAGAAUUUGUGUCUACAGUCAAUCUUCCAACAAUUGAAAAGAAAAUGGGUUGAAAAUGGGUUUAAUAUUUAAAUGUGAAUCUCUGACAGAGGAAGUUUUGAUAAUUACAGUGCUUCCUCAGGCAUAAGAUUACUCAAUUAGAGAUGGAGUUGAUUGAUAUCCAACACCAUUUAGGGUUUUAGGGACAAAAGGAGAGUCUGCACUGAUACAUGGACCCAUUACCUAAUUUAAUUAACAUCCCAGAGAUAAAGUUAUUGGACCUGUGUGACAUCAAAGGCGGACAGAUCUGCUCUGAAGUGAGAAGUAAACAUUUUGCAUUGAAAGGCUUGUGUUGCAGGAGACGAUAGGAUCUUUAAUUAUUUCACAAAGAAGUAUUUGAUUGUAAGAAGUCAAUGAGAAAGAGGCGGUUUCUGUUGUGAUAGAAGCAGUGAGAGUGUGAGUCAGCAAACUACAGGUCUCUUAUCUCUCUGCCUGAUUUCAGCUGCAAUCACUUGAAUUGUAUCAGACAUUUAGUCAUAGAGCUUUAACUUAUUAGGGCGGGCAUUUGUCUCGUUAUCAGUGAUUUUCAGACUUGUCCAAAUUCUCAAAAUAAAUAACACAAGUUCAUUUGUAUAUUAAGAAGCCUACGGCACAGUAUAUGCAAAGAAAAACAGCAUUACCUUUAUUUUUUCUUAAAACACCUUAGAGAUAUAAAGAAUAAUAUGGUUUUUAUUUUAACUGCUGACUUUAAAAUAGUUUUUUUAUUGAAUCUCGAUGCGAGCAAGAAAAGCGAUAGGACAGUUCCUGUUGUCAUUACAGAUCAAAGUGUUUAGGGUACAACGUUGUUACAGAAACCACUGAUGGGCUCUCUGGCAGCGAUGUCUCCCGCUGCUGUUUACGUACCAUUAAUCGUAUCUUUGUGUAUAAAAAACCUCUUUGAAACUUUGCACUGCAGUCUAAACGUCUUAAGGGUAUUUGUUGAGAUGUUGUUGGGCGGCUGUUUGUACCGGUUUUGAGGCAGGAAAGCUGCGUGUGCGUCUGUCUCUGGGCGAGCUCCAGGUCUGUCCUCUAUAAGCACUUCCAUUCUACUCAUCUCCACCUUAAAGAAAGUAGCACAAUGAAACUAACUAGAAUUCAGGUAGAGAAUAAUUAAAAAACCUUGUACUAGCUUGACCUCUCUUCUUUUUUUGUAUUUCCAAGUUAAAGAAUGAUGAUAACCUAAAUAAUCAUUUAUUGCAAAUGGGUUUGUAAAGAAUCCUUUGGAUUGAGACAUUUGUACUGCUGUAUAGCGAUAUCUAACACACCUUAUCUCGGGGGGUUUGGCUCUCUGUUGCAGAGAGGAGACCCCCUGGGUUUUUUUUGAGCCAGAAUUCAGACAAUGUAAGCACAAUGAACACAAAGCAUUUUGUGGCACUUCAUAAUAAAGAAUAAUCUUAAUC